CUUAAACACUUUUGGAAAAAAUAAAGAAUUUAAGGUGUCAAUUAACCAUUAUAACUACUAGUCGAAUAGAGUAGAGGUGCACCCGGACAAGCUGAAGAUGGACGAGGGCCAGUUGGAGUUGGCCGAAGCAUACAAUGAGGAGUUGGACAAACCUGAGAUAUGCAAUGGUGAUGGAGCCGUUUGGGUGAGAAAUGAAAAGGAAAAGGAGGAUGAUGCACUUGAGGUCAAAUUGGACAAAGGAGACUAGAUUUUUCAUCUUACCAUACAUGAAGAACAAUUCAGCCGAGUCUCAAUGGCUCAAAAUUGAGUUUGGCGCCCAGAAACAAGAGCUACUUGUCUUUUGGGAUGGGCUAACAACACGAGUAAGAGCCAAAGUCCACCAAGAUGCACUCAACAUCUAGUUUAUUUCGUGCACAUAAGGAAGAAGAGGAAAAAAACAAGAAGAGAGAAGAUUGUCGGUUUAAUCUUUUUUUAUUUAUUUAUAAUUAAGUUUAUGUAAAUCAAGAACAAGUAAACCAAUUCCAAUUAGGAAUUGGAUUUCCUAAAUCAUUUCGGUUUAAGUUUGGGUUUUCCUAGCUUAUGAAUCAACAUGCUUCUUCAUUUAAGCCGCAUACAAGCUGAAAUUAAGCUAAUUGCUUGUCUUGUCCCUAUUGCUUUUUCGGUUCAGCACAAGAACGUGAUCAAUCACAUUAGGAAGAAGAAUCUUUUGUGAUCCAUCAUAGAUACCAAACGUUAAUUUGUGUCGUCUCAUGAGUAACAACACAUCUUUGAAACAACAUAUAGCUAAGAAGAAAAGUCUAUCGUCCACAAAAGAGACUAGUAGCCCCCACGACAUUCAUCAUUCACCCUCUUCAAAUAAUCCAGGCAGAACAGCUAUUCCAGAAUCGUACCAGAAAUCUUCUUUUUUUUUGACAAAAAUAUCCUCUAGACGUACCAUAAAUCUACUUAUUGUGCUAUUGGCAUUGACUUAUUAUUUAGUCACUUUCGUUCAUUUUUUUUUUGUAAACACCGUCGCUUUCUCUCAAUUAUUGCAAUUUCUUUAUAGAUUGUAAUAAAAAUGACAAUGACAGAAAGGGACUUUGCGCUGGUCAAAUUUCGUAAAAGCAGAACAUAUAUUGUAUUUUACAAAAAAAAAAAGAGAAAAUUCCAAACACCAGCUUUUGAAAACGUUGUAACGGAUUAUUAUAUGUCGAACAGGAAUCGUGCUUUGUAAUGUCCCAAGUAGGAAAUCGUUUUAUAUUCUAUAAACAACAAAGAUAAAAAAACUCGUUUAGAUCACUAUUCAUUUUUAUCGUUUACCAAUAAUAAUAUAUAUGCAUGUCUGCGUUGUAACUUGUAAGGCACCUUAUUCCAAAAGAAACAUCGAUUUGUAAAAUAUGAAACUCCAAAAAGGAAAAUUAGUAGUAUAUAAUAAAGAGAAGGUUGAUCAAUAAAAACCAAACAUAGGUUCGUUUAAUUCAACUCUUACAAAACCAAGACAUUCACCAAUUAUUUCAUAUCUUCUUCUUCACCAUAUUCCUAUUUGUCUUCCGACACAAUGAUCGAUCUGUUUCUAUCCCCCACAAAAUCUUUGUUCCCUAUAAUCAUUAUAUGGAUGCUAUUUGUGACACCUUCUUUUGUUUUCUCAGCUGAUGAUGAGCUUCACAGUCUCUGCAGUCAACCGUUUCCGUGCGGCAAUCAAAGCGGUCUCUUGUAUCCUUUCUGGAUAUCUGGCAGAGAAGACUGUGGCCACCCUGACUUCAAAGUAGACUGUAACAGAGGAUUCGCAGAGUUAAGUAUCUCCUCCGUGAAGUAUAGAAUCUUAGAGGCGAACUAUGACUCUCGUAUCAUAAGACUGGCAAGAUCGGAUUUUAUCGGCAAUCUUUGUCCCACAAAUCCUUUAAAUAUGCCAUUCAACCAAAACGUCCUUCCACUUGCUCCUACCACCCAGCUGCUAAGAAUUUAUUACGACUGCCACCAAGACUUUUCACAGUAUGUUCCUAAUUAUAUUGGAGCCCUAGCUUGUGGUGAUGGUGGUGAUGAUGAUGAUGAUGAUGAUGAUGAUGAUGAUGGCAAAAGAUAUUACUAUGUGACGAGUAACCAAACGUCCCCUCUACUUCAAAGGAUUAGAAACGUUUUCAACAGCUUCAGGGUAUUUUGCGAUAAAAACGUCACUAUUCCUGCAUCUGGGCCCGCACUGAACACGCUAGAGUUGAAUUCAAGUACAGAUAAUCUAAAGAAGGCUCUUGAAGAAGGUUUCGAGCUUGGACUUCACCAAGAUUGUUCGACCUGCUUAACCUCUGGGGGUGCUUGUGGGUUUAAUCGGAGCUCAAUUGCAUUCACCUGCUACAACAGUAACCGUACCAGAAACAACGAUACAGGUCUCUCCACUGGAGCUAUAGCAGGAAUCGGGAUUGCUUCUGUAUUGGUGCUGUUAAUCCUGGUAGCCGGAUGCGCGCUCUGUCUAAUCAGACGGCGGAAGAUACAAGCAUCUCAGUACACUAGCAAAGAUUUGUCAAUAACAUCUAAUUCAAACAAAGAAGCCUCAAGCCAUCUAACUCCCAAAACAAUCUCAAGCCAUCCAACUCCCAAGGCAAUCUCAAGCCAUAGCAAUCACGCUCUUAUCCCCCCAAUCUCUAACAUCACAAACGCAAGCACCUACUUCGGAGUCCAAGUUUUCAGCUACGAAGAACUCGAGGAAGCCACUGAGAAUUUCUCUAGAGAGCUAGGCGACGGCGGCUUCGGUACUGUCUACUACGGCGUGUUGAAAGAUGGACGAGCUGUAGCAGUGAAACGACUAUACGAGAAAUCUCUUCAACGCGUUGAACAGUUCAAGAACGAGAUCGACAUUUUGAAAACUAUGAAGCAUCCAAAUCUAGUGAUACUCUACGGAUGCACAUCGAGACACAGCAGCGAGCUUUUGCUUGUUUACGAGUAUAUCUCAAAUGGAACUCUGGCCGAUCAUCUUCACGGUGAUCGUGCUGAAACUCGUCCUCUUUGUUGGCCAAUUCGUCUAAAAAUCGCGAUCGAAACAGCAAGUGCUUUAUCCUUCCUCCACAAAUCAGGGAUCAUACAUAGGGACGUGAAGACAACAAACAUUCUUCUAGACGAGAACUCCACGGUGAAGGUAGCUGACUUCGGACUCUCACGGUUGUUUUCCACAGACCAGACUCACGUCUCCACGAUGCCGCAAGGCACUCCAGGAUAUGUAGAUCCGGAGUAUUACCAAUGUUACCGUCUAAACGAGAAGAGUGACGUGUACAGCUUUGGAGUCGUACUCACCGAGCUCAUCUCUUCAAAAGAAGCCGUGGAUAUCACAAGACAUCGCCACGAUGUCAACUUAGCGAACAUGGCCGUUUCCAAGAUCCAGAACAAUGCGGUGCACGAGCUCGUGGAUCCGAGUCUUGGAUUCGAGAAGGAUCCAGAAGUGAAGAGGAUGAUGUUGUCGGUGGCUGAGCUUGCGUUUCGCUGUUUGCAACAGGAAAGGGAAGCUAGGCCGUCGAUGGAUGAGAUUAUGGAGACUUUGAAAGGGAUCAAGGGGGAGAAGUGCAGGAAGUUACCGGAUGUGGUGGACAUUGUGGUAAGCAGAGGAGAUGACGUUGGAUUACUGAGGCAUAGUGAUCCUCCGCCGGUUUCGCCGGAUGCUGAUAUGUGUAAUAGCAGUUCGGAUACGGCUGCGCGUUCAUUUUGAGAGGUUGUUUAAUUAGGUCUCGUCGGUGGUGUGUAAUAAUAUAUUCAGUCGGGUAAAACUCUUCUUUUAUAUAUUUAUUUUGGCUCAACUAGAAAUCUUUAUUGUUUGUGUAUUGUCUAUUGCUUUCUCUGUUCAACACAAAAACAUUGAUCAAUCACACUAGGAAGAAGAAUCUUCCGUGAUCAUUCCUAAA